UGUGUGCUAUUAAUGUUGCUUUUAUUAAGUGAACCAUCUUCAAUUUGGCUAUCAAAUCUUAGGUAAAACUAUAUUCUGCAUAAAGUUAGGAGAGAGAUGUACAUGUACAUGUUUGGAGUAGUAACAAAAAGAGCAGUAAAUAAUCGUGAAAAAUUUUGAGUUGGACUAUUUCAUAUUGAAAAAAAGAAGUUCUAGAUAAGGAUAGAGAGAGAUGUUCAUUACAUUAAUUUUUGGAGUGAGAGAAAUAAAAAAGAAAGAGGGAUGGAAAAAUUAUUUACUAAUAAGAAUUAGGGAUAGGCUGUAGACGCUGUGUAAGGAAGUGAGCUUAAUGGGUGAUUAGCAUGUGAAACAGGAUGUGCCCCCUUGGCAAGCAGGGAGCUGUCCCCCUUCCACUAUUCAUCAAUGACUCACUUGGACCGUCUCCCUGGCCCCCCUCCCCGUACCCCCGCCACAGUCACCCCAUCGCAGUUCUCACGCACAAGCUUGUGUACAGCACCCAGCUUAACGUACAUCCUCCUAUAGAGACUCUGCAUGCAACUACGAAAGUCGGCCGUUGAGCCCUGCAUUGUUAGGCCAAAGCGUAUCGGCUUUCAUAGCUUGUCAUGUGUACCCCUUGUAAACGCACAUGCCCGUGUUGUUCCUACUCUGCGAGUGAUGUCGAGGAAUCCUAUUAGGUGCUGUUUUAACUGUUUUCUUUACGUGGGGAGUGUAUGUUCCUUUGAUUCCUGUGGUCUUUGCCCGUCAGAGAGAGUACCCGGAUGAGAGGAAAGGAUGAUAAGUGAAUGAUAUGUACAUGUUUGUGGGUUAAUCAGAUUUGGAUCUAGGCCUGAGUAGUUAAAGUGUCAUUUUGUGGAAGCAUCAAGACCAAGGGAAUUAGCAGCAAAAUGAGUCUUGAUUUUUUGUCUGCAGGGCUGCCUUCCUUUGCAGCGGAGAGCAAUGGAAUGGAUGCUAACGGUCAGCUAGCAUUGGUGGAGACACCUCAACAGAAGCCAUGGGAGAAACCGCUGACCAUUCCAGAGAUCAGGAAGAGCAGCCAGAACUGGUCACUUGCAUCAGAUGCAGGACUUCUCCUGUAUCUGCAGGAUUUCUCCAAAAAGAUGAUGGGAAAGACAAGUGACCUUGAGAAGAGGAUGGAAAGCCUGGUCCACGACGCCAAGAGCGCCGAUUCCAGGGUGCACAACACCUUCAACGACUUCCUGAUGCUUGCCAAUACACAGUUCAUUGAAAACAGAGUGUAUGAUGAUUCAGAAGAUGUAGACGGAGGCUCACAAUCAGAUAAAGAUAAGAAAGAACAGUCCACCAAGUCGAGGGAGCAGAGGGAAGCAGAGGUCAUUCCGCGUGUCAUCAAGGCAUUGACGCUAGGCAUCAAUGUCCUGGACACCGGCUUUGAGCACCUGGACGCUAACGCCGGAAACUCGGAUUCCGAAGAUGAAGACCCGACCUACAAGGCUGUCGAUCCUAUACUCGAGGCCAAGGACAUGUAUGGCCAUAGAUCACUUCCGUACAUCAUUGGAACGCCAGCCUUCAUGCAAGACGAUGAUGUCGGGCUGAUGGACUUAAGUGAAGAAGAAGAAGAAGAUGACGAAUCAAGUGUGGAAACUAUCAGUGAUUCAGAGAAGUCGGAGUUGUCAGAUUCUGAGUAUACUGACACAGAGACAGAGUCUGAGUUCACCGGGGGAAGGCAGAAGAUGACGGCUGAUACAACCGCAACAUCCACCAAUAGGAGCGAUUCCGAGGAGUCCGAUACCGGGCUGUUUGAUGAUGACGAACCGUCGGACCAGGAGGCCGCAGCACAGCCAAUGAACUUCCAAGAUGAGUUGUCCGCCAAGCUAGGAGGUGGUAUGCAGAGGGGUGCACCCAACCAGGAACCAGGGGAGACGACAGAUGAAUCUAACAGGAAUCGAUCCAUCUCAGAAGAUAGCAAGGCAUCAUCUCAGGAAAGCUCCAAGAAAGGAACGAGAAGAAAGAAACUUCCCCUGGAUAGAGAAAAGAAGAGCAAAAAGAAGAGAUCGACAUCUAAGACUGAAGAUGAUAAUCUAUUUAGUGAGCAGGCUGGCCAAGAUGGAGAAGCAGACGAUUCUCCAUUUGGAAGAAAAGGACUUUUCAGUAGUUCAGGAGGAGGACUCUUUGACGAUGACAAGGAAGAUGAUGGAGGUUUGUUUGAUGAGAAGCCAUCAGCUGUCAGGAGGGACGUUACAUCAGACCAUGUUUACGAGGACAUAGUCGCCAACCCUGAAGAAGUCAAGCCUAGCAGAAAAGCACCUCCAGGAGGCGUGCCUCUCUUCGGUGCUGGUGUUGCCAACGAGGACGAGCUCUUUGGAAGCUCUUCUAAAUCGAGUCAAGACGCGCAAAGAAGUCUAGUGCGUAACCGUGGCAACUGUAAACGAGAUACCCAGAAAACCCUUUUGCUGCGCGCUUGCUCCGCGGCUAUGACCCGCAGAGGCAGUGCGCCCGAAGAUGCUAUUGCUGAAGAUAUAGGCCAAAAGGAAUCUUCUAAACAAGACGAUUCAUCUUCCGGUGGUUUGUUUGAUAGCCAGGGAGACGAUAAACUGUUCUCAGAGUCUUCUAAACCAGCUCCCAAGAAAGAAACAGGCAAGCCCAAGGCUAAGAAGCAGGUGGAUCUGUUUGGUGGAGAGAAUGACAGUGACCUGUUUGGAGAGAACAAACCUCAGCAGCAGCCCAAGAAGAAGAUUCCGGCCGGUGCUGUGAAUGUUUUUGGUAACGCUGGGCCCGUCGGAGGUCAGACGGAACCCCCUCCCCUUGACGACGGCGGGGAUGAAGGCAUGUAUGUUAACACUAUGGUGGGAGCAGCGGGAGCAGGGAGGAGCAAGCAGGCUGGGUUAGGAGGAGGAGGAGGCCUCUUUGAUAAUGUUGAUGAGGAUCUGUUCGGUGCACCACCUCCAAGGCCUGUGGAGAAGCCCACCAUUAAAGUGGAUGGCGACAAGCUGUUUGCAGAUGACGACGAUGAUAACGACUUGUUCGCAGCACCACCACCAUUGCCGAAAGACGGAACUAAGACAAAACCUAAAAAGGCUGCUGCAAAGAAGAAUCAAGGAUUGUUUGAUGAUAUCGAAGGAGAAGGAGAAGAAGAUUUCUUUGGAGGUGAAGCCAAACCCAAAGAACAACCUAAAAAGAAGCCCCCUGGUGGCGUAGCCCUCUUUGAAGGGGCAGAUAUAUUUGGAAGCCCCCCUAAGACAGAGGCAGAGCCCCCACAAAAGAAGCCGGAGCAGUUGUCGCCACAAGCGAAGGCCAACCGGUCUCAGAACACCCUUAGUCUCUUCCACGAUGAGGAGGAUAAGGACGAGAAUCUCUUUGCCACGCCCCCUGCCUUACCCCCUAAGAAAGAUCAGCUUGACCCCAAUCCAAGCAAAGAAGAACAAAUGUCAAGAAGGAGAACCAAGAGCAAGAGUAUCUUUGAUGAUGAAGCCAUCCUGUUUGGUCUCAAGAACGAGGAGAAUCCCGGGGUAGAUCUCUUCGGCUCCGACACACCGGUCCCUCAGACAAAGGCUGGAUUCCUUCCAAAUUGUAUAGAGGUCAUUAUGCCAGUCAAGUCGUCUUUCCCCGACUUGAGCCCAAUACCAACUAAAGCUAGCCCUGGCAAGCAGCCUCCACAGACUAAAGCGAAGCCCAGCCCACCUAUCGCCAUUCAGAAGAAUAAUGAGCUUCGGAGUCAACCGCGGCGUUACAGACCUAACUCACCCAUUGGAGAUGAAGGUGGUGUCUCUUCAAACAUUAUGAACAGAAUUCCUCAGAAAGCUCUCAAACCUCCUCAGCAAAAUUAUAGAAAUCACAACACUGACAAGUUCCACCAAGAACCUCCCCCAACACUUCCGAAGUUCCCCAGCCCACCUAAAGAACCACCUCCGACUUUCCCUCGGUUCCCGAGUCCACCCCAAGAUCCUCCCCCACCCACAUACCCAAAGUAUCACACAAAUUCCCAUGAACCACCGCCUACCUUCCCCAAAUUUCCGAGUCCUCCGAGCGACCCUCCUCCGCCUCCUAAGGUAUUCAACACCAUCCCACCUCCAACAUUACCCAAGUUUCCAAGUCCACCAAAUGUUCCUCCUCCCGACUUUGAACCCAAGACUCACAAAGCGAAGGGACCACCUACUCUCCCAAGAAGCACCCACCAAAACAAUGACCUUCCUCCCCCUCCUCCCCCUUCCGUCGGUAGACUACCCAGUCCUGCAGAAUUCCCAAGACCACCUUCCUUUCUAGAUAAUCCCAACCAGGAAGGCUUCCCUCCUCCACCUCCGGAUGUUCUCUCAAAAAAGUCCAAAGCUGAAGAGCAUCCUGCAUCGGACAACUCUCAACGAUACCCAAGCCCUCCUGCCAAAGUUCAGAAUGGAUACCCAUCCAACAUGAACAACAACAUUCCUUCAUCAUCCAGCCCAAAGCUGCUUAGGCGGUUACGAUCUCACAGUACUGAGGAUGGAUCCAGUGUUCCCAACGGUGUCUUUCAAUCCCGGUUUGCCCCGAUCAGGAAGACAAAUUCAAACGGUGCAGAAUGGACAGUGAACCAUGCUAGUGAGAACAAGACUACAGCCAAGAAUGGCAUCAGCAAUAAACUAAUGCGUGAAGACAAGCCAAUGAAGAGGGUGCCAGCAAGACCACCGCCACUCAAAUUCCUGACAUCCAAAGUUUCUUCCUCUCCACCAAACUCCAAGAGCAGACCUAUCAUUUCAGAACCACUAAGCCCCAAAGGUCUCCACUCAGGGGCUCUGAAAGCCAAUGGUCAGUCUGCCUUUGUUGUUCAUGGGGACAGGAGACAUGUAUCCCCGGGUGCCUCUCCUGUAGGAAGCCCUUUGUCUGACAAGUCCCUUGACUUUGAGAAGGACGAUAUGCCCAUCUUUAGUGCUCAAGUCCUGAAGAACGGCUACAGGAAGCAAACGUCUCCAAGAGCAAUUGGCAAGUCACACGAUGUCUUGCAUGCAAACAGGCAGAGUCCAAGAAGGGAUUCUCCAGCUGGUAGUCCGUCCCAUCAUCACCGGGACGGGCAUUACAGAUGGGAUGCAGAUUUACCACCGCCCCCUCCUCCUCCAUCGUAUCGAACAAAUGGGCAAAGGGUCAACGGGAAUCAUCGAACAGGCAAUGGUAUUGAUAGUGAGGUAAAUUUUGCUAGAGAUAUUGAGGCUGAAGUUGAUGGCUAUGAUGAUAACUUGGUAAUUGAUAAAAUUAGAGAUCAUCACCUAAGACAUGCACCUAAAGUAACACAUGAAAAUAACAUCCAUGUUAAUGGAAACCAUGAGAGUGGUACCAAGCAAGCUCCUCCCCAUGCCCCACCAAUAUCACCCAUGCUGGCACGGAAAUCUAAAGCUGGUAAGAAACAACCUCCUGCACCUGCGCAGAAACCAGCAAAGGCCCCCAUACCACCCCCUGUCCUUGCCAAGCCCCCAAAGGGAUCCCAUUGCCCUGGUAGAAGUACACCUUCCAGAGAACAAAAUGGUCAUAUAGCAUCCAGAUUCUCAUCAUCACCUCCUACCUAUCCAAAAUCGUCCAACACCACCAACUCUAACAAUGUCAUGAUCAAUGCACACAUGUCCAUCAUCUCCAACUCCUCAACAUGCUCUCAAUUCUCAAUGAAUUCCCUCAAUCUCUCCAACAUCUCUGCCAAUUCCCACGAUUCUUUCACCACUGUCAGUUCUACCAACACUUACAAUCCCCAUAAUAUCUCUAUGAUCUCCUCCAACUCCUCAAAUUCAAACUCGUCGGUAACUUCUCAGAAAAUAGCUUCCUUUGAGAAUAGCACCGAGAACGGUCAUUCGAAAACAACCAAGGAAGAUUCCAAUCAAAAUGACCACUGCCCACCCAAUGAGUUGUGCAAAAUGUCUCUUAUUCAAAAGAUAGCUCUCUUUAGCCAUAAGAAAGAUCGUCCCUCACCCCCAUCAUCUCCUAAAUCCUCUAGAAAGGGUAGUCCAGGACCACAGCACAAAUUCCCAAAGAACACUGACGCAAAAUCCAAUAUCAGCCUGUCAAAUCUUGAGGCUGAGAACAAUCAGAAGCAACCAGUCAGUCCCAAAUGGGGCCGUAAAGCUGCUUCGCCCAUCCCUUCCAUGAAGACACCCCCUGCCGAUCAGCACUACCAUGACACCCCACUCAUCCAGCGUCCCUCCAGUCCCAGAGGAACCAGUGAUGUAGAAUGGAAGAGGCCUCCUGUUGCUGCUGUCUCGGAACAGUUCGAAGCUUGCAUCCGACGGACACCAUCCUAUUCCUUUUCCUGCAAGAGGACCGUCAGUCGGACACCAUCCUCCUCCUCCACAGAGAAGAGUGACUCUGAAACGUCCUUCUCUGGAGGGUUCACCUUCCCCAGGCCAAGUAAGAUCAAGAAACAGAAGGGGAGGGUACCCUUACCCCAUGAGAACACCAACUCUAACUCCAACUCAUCCAACUCACCCCCUCAUCCUGUGGGUACCAGGGGAUUGGUGUCUAAGCGCAGUAUCAAAGAACCUCCAAAGCCUCUUCCAAAACCUUCCAAGAAUCCUCAAAAAGUGCCAGCCAGGCUCCCAGACGCUCCACCACCCACAUCAUCAUCAUCAUGUCCAUCAUCAUCCGCUUCAUCAUCGAUAUCGUACACCCCGUCAGGCAUGGCGUCAUCCUCCGUAGGAUCAGUUUGGCGGAAGGCAGAGCUUUUCAAGGCUAGUAUGAAUAUUGACCCAAAGACGCUCAGACCUGGUGCAGCUCCGCCAGAGAGGGUGGUAGACUCACCGGCCGUUGGCUUCGACCAACCCGCUGUCGCCAAGACGUUAGAUGUCAAUCCAACAAAGACAAGAGCAAGAAUAUCUGCCAAACGAAGACCUCCCUCAAGGAGAAGCCUUCAAGCAGCCGCAGCAUCCGCUUCCAACCCUGCCCUUCUGAGUGACAACUCCAAAGGGGCCGAUGAGGUUUACCAAAACAUAGCCAGCGACCAACCCGACCUUGGGGCAUCUGCUUCAGCACCUGCUGCUCUUGCAGCUGCUUCCACUGCAGCCCCUCCACCCGCCAAGAAACCUACGUCCAGGAUGCGUGAAGACCACAUGGAUGGACCACCGCCGCUUCCUCCAGCAGCGGGAGUCAAACCAAAGAAACCAACACCUUCGGAUGAUAUCUUUGGUGAUGAUCCCUUUUCAGGAAUGACCAAUGGCUCCAGCAGUGCCUCUUCCAAUCGGACUGUCAGUAACUCAAAAGAGGAACGGCCAUUCUCGAUAGAAGGUGAUAGUGAAUUAUUUGCUGCUGCUGCUAAGAAGCAACCAAGUAGGACUCAUGACAAUGGGGAUGAUUUAUUUAACAAACCUCUGAAGGUGGAUCUUGAUGCCUCCAUCGAUGAUAUUUUUGCCACCCCUCCUGUUCUUGGACAUAGUAGCAAGCAAAGCUCCUUGGAAGCAGAUCCAACGUACGAGGAUAUCUUUGCCUCAAAAGCAAACACGAACAAUAAAAGGUCGACUUUGACUGAUCUUGCUGUUGAUGAGGACUUAUUCGGAGACCUAGGAAAUAAAAAGUCAAAAGAUACGAGUGCUGUGUCUAUUGAUGAAGAUCUGUUUAGCGGGCCUUUAUCAUCCUCAGCCGCACCAGCCACCGCAACCACCACAAAACCAAAGAAGAAGAAAUCAGCCAAGAAGACACAUGUCAUAGAGGAUGAUGAUGAUCUGUUUGCAGAGAAGCCAAAGAAAACAAAAUCCAAACCUGUAAAGGCCACCGAUGAUGAUCUCUUUGGCAAUUCUGAUAUCUUCUCUGAUCUUCCUGCCUCCAAGCCUAAGGAGAAAAAGAAGAAGACCACAGCACAUGCUCAAGAUGCCAUCUUCAAAGAUAUCGGAGGAGAUGACAUUUUCGCCGAGCCCUCACCCUCGAGUAAACCCAAAAAGACGAAAGCCAAGAAAAAGACAACAAAGGAGGCUUCCGAUUCCAUAUUCGACACCGACGCACCAAAUAUAUUUGACGAUCCUCUGAACGCGAUGAAUAAUUAAAGACCCAAAGCCUUGGAUUCAUGUCUCUGAUUACAAAGGCUUCUUCAGCUUGAAUACAACUCAUUCCAUAUAUACGUGUGUGCUUUUAAUUGCAGUUCGACUGUGCAUACAAUAUGAUGUAUUUACUCCAAACCCCUUAUUAGGAAUUUGCACAGUGAGGGAAAGUGUUGCCUUUCACCUUAGAAACUAUAAACAUUGAAUUGUAAUGUUUAUCAGGAAUGCUAUAACUUGGUGAAGAUAAGAAUGUUAUAUUAAUUCUAGGUGCUUAAACUCUGCCUUUUGGUCACAAAUAUUUUGGCACCCAUGACUGUUCAAAGCUGAAAUACAGAUUAUAAAAAGAUUAUGUUUAUGUAGUUAUUUUCAAGAAAAAAAAUUAAAUCAGAUAUCAUUAUACCUGUACUGAUAGAUUUGUGAAUCAUUUGAAAUGUUAAUUUUAUUUACUUUACUUUACUUUAGAUGUGUAUGACAUAGUGCUUUAUAAGAUGUAAAAUAUUUACUAUUUGUACAGUAUGUAACCUUUUUGAAGGUAAAGCUUCCCUUUUGUAGCAAAUAUUUACUGUAAAUUAGAAUUGAUUCUCUUGUAUUAACCUUAAAUCUGUGAUGAUCUUAAUAGUAAGAAGAUUUAUUUAUAUAAGUAGUGAAAAUGUAUCUAAUUUUGUCAAUAUAUUUUCAGUUAUUGGAUAUAUGUGUGUAUGAACACUUUAUAUGGAUCAUGAGCUUUACUAUGAUUUAGAAGCAUGUAAAUAUCCAAGUUUUUAAAUGAGAAUAACUUGGUCAGAUGAACAUCUGGGAAAUAUCAAUUAUAUACUCUGUUCUUUCUUUAUUCAUUCUAAAUUUUUACAUCAAUACUAUGAAAAUUAUCAAACAAAAUGUUGUACAAAUGUACAGAAAUCGUUUGGCUACUUGAUGUCCUUGAAAUGCAAUAUGUAUAUGAUUCCAUGUAUAGUAAAGAGGAUAGAAUAAUGUACAUACAAGAGUUAGAAAUUAAAAGUUUAUUGUAACUUUUCGAAUUGUCAUGAAAUAAAUUUUAUUUCCAUUUUC